GGCAUAGAUGGCCCUUGGUCAACGUUUGAGUUGCGCGUAGGGACUCCAGCCCAGAACAUUCGCAUACUGCCUGGCACUUCGUCGACGCAAACGCUGGUGGUGCUGCCAGAGGGUUGCCAGAUUAUCAAUGUGACCAAUUGCGCCAACAGCAGAGGCAACUUGUUUAAUACGACUGCGUCCAAGACCUGGAAAGAAAUUGGUCUGUUCAGACUUGGAUUUGAGAAUUCUCUCGGCUUUACUGACAAUGGCGAGUUUGGGCACGAUACCGUCGGACUUGGAUACCUCGGCAGCGGUGGUCCCGUUGUCAACAACUCGGUCAUCGCAGGCGUUGCGGGCACAGAGUUUUAUCUAGGAAUACUUGCCUUGAAUCCGCGCCCUACUAACUUUACGGACCAGAAUGAUCCGCAGCAGAGCUUUCUUCAGCUCCUCAAGAAUGAAUCUGCCAUUCCAUCUUUGUCGUACAGCUAUAACGUUGGGGCUCCAUACCGACUCAACAAGGCUCUGGGCAGCUUGAUCCUGGGUGGCUACGACACGUCCGCGUAUCAGGAUACCAAUUCCUCGUAUGACUUUUUCAGCGACCAGUCGCGUGACCUGACGAUUGGCGUUCAGUCCAUCUCCACGAAUGCCAGCGCGGAUAACACGGUGCUUCAGUCUGAACAGAUUUCCAUGUUCAUCGACUCGUCUGUUGCCGAAAUCUACCUUCCACUAGACGCCUGCCACGCCUUUGAGAAAGCUUUCGGCCUGACAUACAACUCUACGCUUAAAAUGUAUCUGGUCAGUGACUCGCUACACAGCAAACUCCUUGCCGAGAACCCUUCAGUCACAUUUACAAUAACGACUGCGAUUACGGGCGGCUCAACCUUUAACAUAACUUUUCCCUACGCCAGCUUCGACCUACAGGCUCAACCCCCACUAGUCAAGACAGCGUCUCGAUACUUUCCCCUUAAGCAGGCGGCCAACGACACCCAGUAUGUUUUGGGACGCACGUUUCUGCAAGAGGCGUAUCUGAUUGUGGAUUACGAACGAGGCAACUUUUCACUUCACCCUCGAGUGUGGAAUGCCAGUGCUGAGUCGAACAUUGUUACUAUAUUGCCCCUUGGAGCCAAGGCGAGCGUGCCUAAUACUGAAAGCAACCACAGUCUCAGCGGUGGUGCCAUUGCAGGCAUUGUCAUUGGUGUUUGUAUUGUUAUUGCUGCAGCUGCUAUUGCUAUCCUACGAUACCUGGUGAUUUCUCGUCGCAAGAAGGCAAAG